ACGCACUCGUGGAAUGUCUAUACAUGAAAUGUUAGGCAUAUUCUUGAUGACUUGUGCACAUGGAGUUGGAAAUCGAAUGAUACAAGAUAUCUUUCAACAUUCUGGAGAGACAGUUCAUAGACACUUUCAUAGUGUUUUAAAGGCCGUUUGUAAGCUUGCAAGAGAUAUCAUUCAACCACAUCCAAAUUAUAAUGAUGGUUGCGAUGCUCACAAGCCAUGUAAACAAAGAUAUCUCCCUUUCUUUAAAGACUGUAUUGGAGCAAUUGAUGGCACACAUGUUAAAGCUAGAUUACCGCAAGGUCAAGAGAUACCAUAUAUUGGACGUAAAGGUUAUCCGACUCAAACUAUUCUCGCCAUUGUUGAUUUUAAUAUGUGUUUUACAUUUGCAUGGGCUGGGUGGGAAGGAGCAGCUCACGAUAGUCGUAUAUUUGCUGAGGCCCUUCGUAGAGAAGAGCUCAACUUUCCACAUCCACGCGGAAACAAAUAUUAUCUAGUUGAUGCAGGAUAUUCACACAUGAAAGGAUACAUGGCUCCGUACAAAGGAAAUAAUGUAAGAUAUCACCUAGCUGAAUUUCGCCGCGGUGCAACUCGACAACUGCGAGAGCCAAGAGGACGCAUUGAGAAAUUUAACUAUUUACAUUCUUCUUUUAGAAAUGUAGUAGAGCGCACAUUUGGUGUUUGGAAAGCAAGAUGGUCUAUUUUGAGAGACAUGCCAUACUAUCACAUUGACACACAAAGGGACAUCGUACUUGCUACUAUGGCCAUUCACAAUUAUAUUAGAAAGAAAUGCAAUGUGGAUGAUGCAUUCCAAACAGCUGAGAAUGAGAGUUAUAUUCCAUCGGUUGAUUCUAAUGAUAUUGGCACAACUUCAAGAGCUAACAAUGUAGAUGUCGAAGAUGUAGGAGAACAAAAUGAUGUCUAUUGGAUGGGGCUUCGUGAUAUGAUUGCUAGUGACAUUUCUACUGCUUGAUGCUUGUAUUAUAUGAAUAUUUUCCACUUCUUGUAUUUAUAGUGGAGUGCUUUCGGUUGUAUUAGCACUUUUCUUUUUAUUAUUCCUAGACCUGGAUUGAAUGGUUAUUGAAGUCAAAUGUAUAACUCAAAGAGAAAAAGAAAAGAAAAUAUUCAAAUAAAUAUAAGAUUAAUCCAGGUUACAUGAGAAAUUAUUUUCUUCUUUCCCAAAAAAAAAAAAGGAGAAAAAAAUUCAAAAGUGUCAAUUUGUAAAAUCAUUGUCUUUUGUACCUGCGCGAAGCGCGGGCAAUUUCACUAGUAAUGAAAUAAAUCAAGAAGAUAUUACUCCCUUCAUUCCAAAAUAAGUGUCUCUUUUAGCUCAUGCACCCCCCUUAAGUAACAUGUAUUUAUAAAAAAUUAACUUAAAUAAACAUUUUAUAGUAGAAGUGAUUU